CAUAAUGAUUAUAAGAAUGCAACGCUGAGAAGGGAGAUCACCUUUUUUUGUUUGACAUACACGACUGAGUUACAUUGCGCAACACACGCCUCUUUUAAACGCACGACUUUUUUUUAAGCACAAAUAUCGAAUAUCGUAAUGGCAGGCUUACUCGGAGGCGGUGGGAAUAAUGGCGGGCUUCUUGGAGGUGGAAAUGGGAAUUGUGGUGGUGGGUUACUAGGCGGAUUGCUAGGAACAGUGGAUGAUACGACAAAGGGGCUCCCUAUCAUUGGUGCGAUCACAUCACCUCUGCUCCAAACAGUCGGAGGAGUAACCGACCAACUUCCCAUCGUCGGCUCAGGCGGUCAAGGAAGUCAACAGCAGCAGAGACAGCGACAAAUGCAAAUGGCGCAAGCGCAACAAGCACAGAUGAUUCAGCAGGCGCAAAUGGCUCAGCAAUCAAUCCCAGCGCCCAAACCAGUCUUGACCGAAGAGCAGAAGAAGGCCAAGGCGUUGGCGAAGAAGAAGAGGCUUCUUGAGAUCAAGAAACAGCAAUUGGCACUCGAGGCUGCUGAGCUUGAGAUGAGUGAUUAGUGUGUACUAUAUGGCGAACUUGGAGUUUGGGUCCUGUACCAACAGUACGAUUAUGAAUGAAUUUUAUUGGUGAUACCAUCACCAAAC